AUGUGGUCAGGAGCAGGAUUAGAUUUUGGUAAUAAGUACUGUGUUGUAGGAAUUCCACAAAGUCGAUCGAUUUCUGUGCUUCUUGAUCAAGCGUCCAAUCGACUUAUUCCUACAAUGGCAGGUUAUUCAGAAAAAAGAAGAGUGUUCGGAACAUUAGCCCAACAAGAAAUCUUGCAAAACUUAGAAGGAACAAUAACACAACUAAAGCGUCUCGUUUGCUUAAAAUAUGAUUCAGAAGAACGUAAAUCAAUCGAAAAAAUGGUAAAUUUUGAAUUGGUUAAAUUAAAUGAUGGAUUCACUGGUAUUAAAUUAUCGAAUAACGAUAAUCAUGUAUUUCUACCAGCACAAAUCAUUGCUUAUUUACUAAAAUCUUUGAUGAAAAUUACGCAAUCCUCCCAGCAAGCUGUCGCUGCAUUUUCUAUAGCAGUUAGCCCAUGGUGGACACAAGCGCAUAGACAAACAAUCAUUGAUGCAUGCAAAAUUGCAAAAAUUAACUUAAUCACACUAAUCAACUCUACAACUGCAGCAGCAGUGGGUUAUGCAAUGGAUCAUCGCUCAAAAUUACCGAAAUCAAAUGAAAAUCCAAUACCAAUUGCUUUUAUUGAUAUUGGAGACUCAUCAAUGAACGUGGCCAUAGCAUAUCUUAAAGAAGACAAUGUCAGGAUUAGUAGUUUCGCAUACGAUGAGCAUUUUGGCGGUUCAAACUUUACAGAAAAAUUAUUAAAUUAUUUAAUCGAAGAAACAAAGAAGAAAUACAAGAUCGAUCCUCGCGAGAAUAAAAGGAUGCUACACAGAUUCACAGAAUCCGUAGAAAAGCUCAAAAAGAACCUUUCAGUGAAUACUUCAAUACAAUUCGAAGUAAUCGGAAUAAAAGGAGACACAGAUGUAAGAUUUAUCGUUAAAAGAGAAGAAUUCGAAGCUCAAAUCCAAGAUUUGUUGCCAAGAUUAGAAAAUCCGAUUCAGAAAGCUUUAGAGUCAUCAAAUCUUAAGAAAGAAGAUCUUAAAGGAUGUGAGUUGCUCGGUGGAUGCUCCAGAGUUCCAAUUGUCAAAGCUGAAAUUCAGAAAAUUCUUAAUAAAGAGCCAGAACAAGCUGUUAACAUAGAUGAAUGCUUUGCAAUCGGUGCAGGAUACAUUUCUGCAAUUCUUAAUCCAAAUAUGCAAGUUCCAAUGACAGUUACAGAUGUAACUCCUCAUAAUGUUACUGCAAACUGGACAGACAAAGAAGGAAAUAAGUUUUGUGAGAUCUAUAAGCAAUUCUCACAGAUUCCUUCCACUAAAUUAGUUCCUUUGAAUAUAAAUAAAGAAACAAAAAUCAAAUUUAUAUCAAACAAUGAAGAAAUCUGCAGUGUUACUAUCAAGCCACCACCAGAAUCAAAUGAACUCUUUAUACGUGUAAGGAUGUCCCAAAGUUCCACGUUUGAAGUUAUUGAAGCAUUUUAUAAACAAAAUUCAGAUCCUAAAACUAAUCCUAAUGGUGAAGUCAAGGUGGACAUUAAUGUACAAUACCAAUCCAUCUUAUCUGAUGCAGAAAUCGCCAGAUUUUCCCAAAUUGAAAACGAAUUUAGUUCUAAAGACGAUUAUGAGAACUCUGUUGAUGAAACUCGUAAUGAAUUGGAAGGAUUUUUGUUCAAGGUCGAGCGUGGCAUUGAACAAGAGUACAAAGAAAGCUUUAAUCCAAAAGAUUUUCCACAUAUCAAAGAAGAAAUUGCCAAAAUCAGAAAUUGGUUCGAUGAACAUGAAUUCGAGAGACUGGACCUUAAAGAAUAUAAGAAUCGCCUCGAAAACUUGAAAUCAGUCGCAUUACCUGGAAUUAAACGUUUCGAACUAUGGAAAUCGAUCAAAGAAAACUCCCAAUCCCUUCGAGAUAGAUCUGUUGCAAUGUUGGAGAGAGUUUUGAACAGCAAAACGCCAAAAGAUAAAAAACAAGAUUUCGAAGCGAGAACAAGGAAAUACAUCAGCAACCUUGAGGAAUUGAUCAAACAAUCCGAACAAAAGAAACCAUACGAAGAUCCUCCUUUCGUUUACAACGAAAAAGAAAAAGAAUUUUCAAUAUUAAACGACGAAGGUGAUAUUUGUAUCAAGGAAUCAGAGAAACAAAGCGGAUAUCGAUGCUAUAUUGCAUAA